AUGAAGGCCGAUACUUACAAAGCCGCCGUUUUGACGGUACAAGGCAUUCCCCCAGCCUUGGAAGUCCAAAUCCUCCCAAAGCCCCGCCCGGGCCCCAACGAGGUCCUUGUCCGGCUCAACCUCACCUCCCUCUGCGGCACCGACUGCACCCAGGCAGCAGGCCACCUCGGCCCCACGCGCGCCGUGCUAGGCCACGAGGGCGUCGGCCGCAUCGAGGCGCUGGGCAGCAACGUCGGCAGCCUCGACCCGUCCAUCACGCCCGGCCAGCGCGUCGGCGUGGCCUGGACGCGCGACUUCUGCGGGCGGUGCGCCUUCUGCACCAACCUCGCGCGCGACGGCGAGACGCGCUGUGCCGCCAAGCCGCACUCGGGUCAGCACUGCGACGGCACCUUUGCGCAGUACACGCUCGUGCCGGCCCGCUAUCUCCUGCGCAUCCCGGACUCGUUUGCCGGCGUGCCCGACGAGCACCUUGCCCCUGUGCUCUGCGGCGGCGUCACGGCCUACAAGGCGCUCAAGUCGUGCGAUGGCUUGUAUCCGGGCCAGUGGGUGGCUGUGAGCGGUGGUGGCGGCGGCGUGGGUGCGUUUGUGGUGGCGUUUGGGAAGGCGAUGGGGUACAGGAUGAUUGCGGUCGAUGCAGGCAAGGAGAAGGCGCGGUUUGCGCUGGGCGAGGGCGCAGAGCACUUUGUGGACAUCACCAGCGCAGAGGUCAAGAGUGUGGGCGCGGCAGCCGAGGUGAAGAGGCUGACGGGCGGGCUGGGAGCGCCCGCUGUGCUUGUCUGUGCUGGUGUGGGCGCUGCGUACCAGACGGCUAUAGAGAUGCUCGCGCCGUUUGGGACGCUCGUGUGCGUGGGCAUUCCACCGCCUGGGCAGGUCUUCUCGAUGCACCCGCUUCAGUUCAUCGCAUCUGGAUUCAAGGUCAUUGGCACGUCGGUCGGCACGCGCAGAGAUACGCUGGAGGCUCUUGAGUUUGUCCGAAGGGGUCUCGUCACGCCCAAGGUGCAGUGGGCCGAGCUCGAGAAGAUGACGGAGCUGAUGGACGAUGUUGUGAAGGGCAAGGUGCAAGGAAAGUAUGUGAUCAGCCUUGACAAUGUAUGA